AUCACCACAUCCCUGGGCGCCAGUGUCAGCCAAUACGUGGUGUGCGGCUUCGAUGACUGUCCGCAAGUGUUUAAGACUUAUACCGGACUUUUCAUUCACAUUCCCGGCGCUCAUAACGUGGAUAAGUAUAGCGACUAUUUUGACAAAUGCAUGGAGAGGUCGGUGCCGCCGCCGCCCCUUGAGGUGGUGCCCAUCAAUAGGCAGGAAUUGGCACUCAGACAGUCCAUAACUGGUGAUCGAGACCUACAGGUGCCCUCGGCUAUGGCUAUUGAAUGGCACAAUGAUGACAACUCAGUGAAUGUAAAACAAGAGUCAAUUGAUGACCAUAUUAGCGGUGAAACAGAUAAUCAAACCUUCAGUUUUGCCUCAGAAUUACUGAAACAAAACUCGAGUAUUGAUAACACCAUUAGCUCUGAAAAUACCUCACAAUUGAUCUCAAAUGUCAGUUAUUACUGCAAUGAUUGUGAACUCAGUUUUCCGACGGAGUUAUGCCUUCGCAAGCAUUUGGGAAAUAUCCACAAAAACCCAGUGUUUGCGUGCGAUUCGUGCGAAUGGAGGGGUUGUGACCAGAGGUCCCGCAACACUCACAUUCUGAAGCAGCAUAAGAAUCUGGAGAAUAACCAGAAUUUAGGGUCCACCCCAACCACCACCACCACUACUACUACUAGCACUGCCAUCGUUAAGNGCACUCCUGUGGUGCCAUAA